GGAGCCGCCUCUUCGACUCUACCUCUGCCUCAGCCUCAGGACGGUUGUUGGCUGCAACCUUUGCCUGAGGGAACAGCCGUGGGGGCGUCGAAGAGCGCUUUUCCUCACCACCGGACACCCAGCAUUUCUUCUAAGCCCCCUCAUCCCCUGUGGGACUGCAGCUGUGAGGUACGACGCCGACGGCUCAUCUGUCCGGGAGGGCGCAGCUCUGACCACGGAGACAACAUUCUUCAACCAGUGAGGGGGACAUCACUGGACUCGAGGCUGGCAGCAGGUUCAACCCCGAGGGGGAUGCAAGAACUCCAAAGAGGUUUUACAGCUCCUUAAGGGCAAGAAAAUCUUGGAUGUAGGUGAGACUACUGAAAACGGGGCUUCACCGUCCACUACCCCUGACUCCUGUGAGGUCAAAAAAAAAACAACAAAACCCGACUUCACGCUAUCCCUGCUCACCCCCUUGCAGGCGGUACUUUGUUGGGGAAUUCCAUAGUGCAUGCCCCUACCAGGCAGCCGAGGUGGAACUAGGGGUGGUUUGCGGGGAGGCCAGGCGCGCCUUACAGCCCUCAGACUGGCCCUUGGGGAGACAUCCAGGAACGCACACCCGUGCCCGGCGGCGGUUGGAAGGCGCAGUCAGUCUAUCUGGGGGUCCUGAUAGCUCACACGCCCCUUGAUAAGGAGUUACGCCGCACAGCUCAUUGUGGGCUUGAGGAACCCAGCUGGUGGGGAACUCGGAGAGCCCUGAGCUGACGGGCCAGGCUCGGGGCCGCCAGCCAUGACCUUGGGCCGAGGAGGGAUGACUUCGGUGGUGCUGAACGUGGGCGGCGCCCGCUACUCCCUGUCCCGAGAACUGUUGAAGGACUUCCCACUGAGCCGGGUGAGCCGGCUUCACGGUUGCCGCUCCGAGCGAGACGUGCUCGAGGUGUGUGACGAUUAUGACCGUGAGCGCAAUGAAUAUUUCUUCGACAGGCAUUCGGAGGCUUUUGGCUUCAUCUUGCUCUAUGUGCGCGGCCAUGGCAAGCUGCGCUUCGCCCCGCGGAUGUGUGAGCUCUCCUUCUACAACGAGAUGGUCUACUGGGGCCUGGAGGGCGCGCACCUCGAGUACUGCUGCCAGCGGCGCCUCGACGACCGCAUGUCGGACACUUACACCUUCUACCCAGCUGAUGAGCUGGGUGCGCCUGGCCGCGAGGAGGCGCGGGCCGCCCGGGGGUCCGAGCCAGUGGCAGCCAAGAAGCGUUGGCUGGAACGAAUGCGCAGGACCUUCGAGGAGCCCACAUCCUCGCUGGCCGCGCAAAUCUUGGCCACCGUGUCGGUGGUAUUCGUGAUUGUGUCCAUGGUGGUGCUGUGUGCCAGCACCCUGCCAGACUGGCGGGCCGCGGCUGUGGACAACCACAGCUUGGAGGAACAGAGCAGGUACACCGCCGGCCCUGGGAGGGAGACUUCCGGGAUAAUUGAAGCCAUCUGUAUAGGUUGGUUCACUGCAGAGUGCAUUGUGAGGUUCAUCAUCUCCAAAAACAAGUGUGAGUUUGUCAAGAGACCCCUGAACAUCAUUGAUUUACUGGCAAUCACACCCUAUUACAUCUCCGUGUUAAUGACAGUCUUUACAGGAGAGAACUCUCAACUUCAGAGAGCUGGAGUCACCUUGAGAGUCCUUAGAAUGAUGAGGAUUUUUUGGGUAAUUAAGCUUGCCCGUCAUUUCAUCGGCCUUCAGACACUUGGUUUGACUCUCAAACGUUGUUAUAGAGAAAUGGUUAUGUUACUUGUCUUUAUUUGUGUUGCCAUGGCAAUCUUUAGUGCACUUUCUCAGCUUCUUGAACAUGGGCUGGACCUGGAAACAUCUAACAAAGAUUAUGCCAGCAUCCCUGCUGCCUGCUGGUGGGUGAUUAUCUCUAUGACUACAGUUGGCUAUGGUGAUAUGUAUCCUAUCACAGUGCCUGGAAGAAUCCUUGGAGGAGUUUGUGUAGUGAGUGGAAUUGUUCUAUUGGCAUUGCCCAUAACUUUUAUCUAUCAUAGCUUUGUGCAAUGUUACCAUGAGCUCAAGUUUAGAUCUGCUCGAUAUAGUAGGAGCCUCUCCACCGAAUUCCUGAAUUGACUUGUUGCUGCUUUCCUUCUGCCAUUACUUGCUAUACUAUUUCUGCUGAUCAAAGGAACUAUCAAGUCUUCCACAAUAAUCUCUUGCUGGAGGAUUUCUAGAAGACUGUCAUCACCUUUGUCGGGUAAAUGUAAUCUUGCCCAGAUAAGGAAAAGAAGAUUUCAUUUAUUAAAAAAAAAAAGAUAUAGGAUGGAACUUAAAGAAGAAAAGACACAGUGGCUCUUGGAAUGGCGAGAGGAAGAUUUUAGGACAUUAUUUAGACUUUAUCCUCUUUGCCUUGAAUAACUACAGAUUUUUAAAAGCACACAUUACUUAAAUAUUGGAAAACUUAAGGUCCUAUUUUCCAAAUGUGUUUCAAUGCCUGUACUCAGAAGAAAAGUUUGGAAUUUAUAGUAUUCUGGUUAGUGGGGAGGGGGGGGGAAGGGGAGAAGCAUUUCUAUUUCCUGAUGGUGUACAGUUUUUUCACAUCAUUGUCAGGAGUAUCCCAGAAAUAUAUACUGCAUGCAAGAAUGGCUUAAUGCAUACUAAAGAGAUUUGGCUAAAAAUUUUAAGCUGUUGAAUGAGGCUCUAAGCAAACAGGGAUAAUUUUUGAUUCUUCAUCAUCUGUCUCAAUUUGCAUUUUGUUCUUAUUAUAAUACUCAUUGUAUAUUAUAGCUUUAUUGAAUUUUGAAUAUUAUAUUCCUUUAUUGUCCAGAUGGCUUUUUCCUUUUCAUUGUUUCCUGAUAGAUCCAUCCAUAUAAAUUAUUUAAAAGCAAGAAGAGAUUCCUGGAUUACCUUUUCAUCAGAUCUUAUCCUAACAUGUUGAUGGCAUCAAAAUUUUUGUCCUUAUAGAUCAUUUGGUCAGCGAAAAAAGUGCUGAAGUUGGGUUCUAUUUCUGCCUUAAGUAUUUAUUAGUUGUGUGACCAUAACUAAAUUACUUGGCUUUUCAAAGCUUUAGUUUCUAUAUUAUGAAAAUGAGGAGAAUGAUUCAGGUACAUCUCUUUCAUAGGGUAGUUGUGAGGAAAGCACUUUGGGAAAUCUUCAAGCACUAUACUGAGUUUUUAGAUGUCUGGGUAAAGCUUCAAUUCCAACAUUAUGAAUUUAAUAGAAAUAGUUGGAUUAGCAGUAGAAGUGUAAUGGUACAUUAUUAGUGUAUUUUCAGCUCCAGCACGACACAUAUACUCACACCCCUAUUGUACUAUUGUAGAAAAUAACUUCAAAUUCUAGGCUGAGUGUAAUUUCAGAUGAAGUGUCAUUAGAAAGUAGACCUGCAGGCCAGUUUUAUCUAAGGUCAUGUUUCAGUGCUGCUGAAAUUUUACAGUUUCCUAAUCAGAACUUUUUUUUUCAGUAGUGUUGAUGAUUGAUUUCUGCCUAAUCCAUUGAACUGGCAGUAUAAUAAGACUGAUUCAGCUAAGACAAUUGAAAAGCAUGAUUUAGUUCUUCUUAUCUGAUAUUUUUAAUUGUACAGAUAGAGAAACACACUGACUUCUUGUCUAUUAGAAGAUACUGAUAAAUAUACUCAUUAGGUUCACUAGUUUUUAGACCCCAAGAAAAUGAAACUGUAUAUUCUUAAGUUAGUAAUACAUUUUAACUCCUAAAUAUAACAAUACAGCUCUAAAUUUCUGGUUUGUUUUCAUAAUCAUCACUCCCAUCAAGAAACUGUGAUUAUAAAUUACUAAGAAUUAAAAUAAUGGAGACAUCAUUAAUUUAAAUGUGUGAUACAUAAUACUAAAAAUUUAAAAGCAGACAAAAUAACUUACUCGAAGUAAUGAUUUGGACAUAAGGGUUUCAUAGAGGGGUAUGGUAAUUAAAGGUUACCAGUAGGAUCCAGAGUCAAGGAAUAGUACCUAAUUUUAUCUCUCUGUCCCUAAAGCUGUCUUUGAAUUUAGGGGAAAAUCCCGACAAACUAGACUUUGGCAGUAUCAGCCAUUCUUAAAAAAAAAAAAUAAAAGAAUAAUGACUAGCCCUACAUGAAUGAUAUGAUUUUUUUUAACUCUUUAGUUAUCAGUCUAAUCUUCUUAGAAUUUUCACUGGUAUGUCACACUUGUCCUGCUUCCAAGUUAAAUAUUCUGAUUUGUUUCUGCUACUUUUGAUUUGACUCUGCAUGGAGUAAGGUGCAAUAAUUAAUUUUAUUGGGGCAGCUAGGUGGUUCAGUGGAUAAAGAGCCAGGCCUGGAGAUGAGAAGUCUCGUGUUCAAAUCUGGCUUCAGAUAAUUCCUAGCUAUGUGAUCUUGGAGAAGUCACUUAAUCCCAAUUGCCUAGACUUUACUGCUUUUCUGCCUUGAAACUGAUACUAAGUAUUGAUUCUAAGAUAGGAUGUAAGGAUUGCUUUUUUUUUUUUUAAAGAAUUCAUUUUGUCUUUACUUAGGAUGAAGGCUUUGGUAAUUUGCAUAUAGAUUCAUGGAAAUUAAGUUAGAGUUGUCCCACAUAGAUGAGGGGAAAAGAAAUCUGAUCACCCUAAAUUUAAUUGGCACUAGAAACUUUUUGUGUAUAUAUGCCAUCUCCCCAGUUUGAUUGCAUACUUCUUGGAGGUAAGGACACAAUGUCUUGGCUUAUAGGACAAAAGAUCUAAAGAGAGAAAUGACCUCAAAAGUCAUCUAGACCUCCCAUCUUUUCCUUUACAGGUGAUAAAACUGAACCCUAGGAAGGUUAAGUUACUCUCACAAGGUCAUCCAGAUAGCAUCAGAUAUAGGAUUUGAGUCUCUGCCUUCUGAUUCCAGGGGCAGAGUUUUUUCCACUGUUCUUGCUGCUUUUCUUAUAUUGUCUUACACAGAUUGACUGAUUGACUGAAAAAGCUAACAGAUUAAAACACUAACAUAUGAGUGCACAGUCAGGACAGCAAAUGCCAAAUAAAUCUCUUGUUCAUUCCUUCAGUGAAGAUAAACUUUAUAUCUGGCCCAAUGCCAGUUUAGAUCAAAGUACACUAGAAAAUUCAUGUGGCAGUUCAUGAUGACUAAAAGGAGAAUUUGUUCACGUAUUUUUAGAAUGUGUACCCAAAUGUCUGUCCACACAAAUACUCUACCACUAAAGAUACUGGUUGUUGGCUCUCAUAGGGAAAUGCUUUUGCUAAAUGAGGUUUUCUCCCAUCCACUAAUUAAGACUUCAUUUAUAGUUGAUCUUAAAGAUUUAUUCAUGUUUUUUUCUUCCAUGAUGGAAAAGCUUUUAUAGCAUCUUUAGAGGUACUGAUGAGCAAGAGGCUAUCCUGAAUUAAGACAUUAUGGCCCAGUGGAAAGAUUUUUGGCUUGUGUCUCUGUAUCAGGAGUCCUGGGUCCUAAUUCUCUCUCUUACCUUUCACCAACUUGGGCCACUGUUUUUACCCAUCUGUGAAACAGGAAUAGUUUUUAAAGAAAUAUAUCAGUUCUAAGACAGAAGAGUGGUAUGGGCUAGGCAAUUGGGGUUAAGUGACUUGCCCAGAAUCACACAGCUAGGGGUUGUCUGAUGCUAGAUUUGAACCAAGAUCCUUGAGACUCCAGGCCUGGUGCUCUGUCCAGCAUGCUACCUAACUAUCACAAAAUUUUAAAGAAACCUUUUAGAAGUACAUGUGAAAAUUCUGUAAAACCUCCAUUAAAAGUAUUCUUACCGAUGCUACUAUAACUAUACUAUAUAUACUUUGCUAGAAGCUUUAAUAGUCUUAAGUCUACAUCCACUACUCCUUUGCAUCAACAAAAAUAGAAAUACUUUCCAUUUCAUAGUAGCAGGUUUCAGCCAGGGAACAGCAAUCUAAACCUGUUACCCAGGUAUCCUUUCAAGAUGCCAUUGGUCUGCUGGAGCCUGGAAGCCCCAAACGGAAAACAGCAACAACAGCAACAAAACUCCAAGCAAACAAAACCAGGGCACUAUUUCCAUCGUGCUGAGAAGGGUAAAAUAGAUGGAAACAUUAGGAACAUCUUGUUACAUUUCUAUCUCCCAAGCUGAUCAAGGAAACAAUAAAAGGAAGGAGUAUAAGGACCUCAUGGAAUACUGAGUAGGUAUGUUUUAAUUGAUUAAACAGGAAGACAAGGAAGUCAGGUUUGCUUUCAUUGAACACACAGGAAGAGAGAAAAGCUUUCCCAUGACUCAAUGAAUAAAUAUUUAUUAAGUGCUUACUGCAUGCCAGGCAUUAGGCUAAGUGCUAGUGAUACAAAAAGGAGUAAAAGUUAAUUCUUGCCCUUAAAGAACUUACAAUCAAAUGAAAGAGACAACAUACAAAGAAAUAUAUACAGAGCUGGUUUAUAUGCAGGAUAAAUAGGAAAUAAUUACCAGAGAGAGGGUACUAGAAUUAAGAUGGGUUGAGGAAGGCUCUCUAGAUCUCUAAUUGACAUAGUAUAGGGAUGAUUUCACCAUUUAUGUUCUGAGGUAAGCACAGGUCCAUUUUGAGGCAAAUUUAGAUAUUCAAAUCUUUUGGCAAAGUCUCAUAAGUACACAUGGUCAAUUCGAACUAACCAUGCUUAAGUUAUCAGAGAUCUUUUAGUCUCCAUAAAUAUUGCAGUUACAUAGACUAUGGAUUUUAGCCAAGAAUCACUGAAGUAGCCCAAUUUCAAAUUUUGUAACAACAGAAAAUAAAAGAGACCUUUUGAGAAGUGUUUUCUUUAGCAUUUAUGGUCCUAGAAUUUAACUUUAUACAGUCAUUCAUUUUAAGAAUAUCUAAUUUUAACACAGGAAGUUAAUACUUUCUUUUUCCCUUUUCCUCCCUAUUAAGAAAUUUUCCAAUUCAGAAGUUUAUGUGGGUUUCUAGCUCCAUGUAAUAAAUACUAUGCAACAAUUGGAAGUUCUACAGAGCAUUUGUGGGAUAUUCAGCCACAUCUGUCAGUCAGUUCUAAUCCUUUGCCAGCAAUCAAAUUGCAAUUAAACAGAAGCCAAAUUUACAAAAUAUUUGCAGAGCCAAAUAGAACAGAUUCAUUUCUCCUUCUAUAUUUCACUCUUUUUCCCUUUUCUUAUCUUGUCUCUUGAUCUCUCAUUUUUUCUUUUUCAACUUGCUUAUCUCCUGCCCCCCCCCUUUCUUUUAUUUUCCACCAAACAUCUCCACUGUCUUAUUAGUAUAGGGUAUGCGACAUCAUUUCCAGGAUCCAUCCCAUCUUAAUUUUUGCCUUGCCCUCUUUCCCCAGUUUACAUUGGACCAUAUUUGAAAUAGACAAAUCUGAGAUGAGAAACCACAUUAAUUCAAUAUUAGUUGAUUCAGAGAAGUGAAUUAGCCCUUCAAAAAAACUACUAAUUAGAUAGCUUUUUUUGGUACAUCAUUUGGUACUCCAAAGGUAUUUGACUGUAUUUGAUGGAUGUCUUGGUUGAACUGCUGGGCUUAAGUUACUGUGCCAAGGUAAGGCUAUCCCAAAUUUCUCAGGUGUAUCUGUAUUUUUCAACUUUGAUAAUCAAACAGGUAUGACUGUGGAAGGAAUAUAUGAGAAAAAGGGACCCUGGGGAGCAGAGCAGAGCAAGAGGGAGAGAAAGAUGCUUCUGUUGUAUGAAUACUAAAUGUUAUGUUCAGUUACUCUUUAAAAAGCCUGGCUUGUUUAACUAGAUUUGGAAACUCAAAGUACAAGUUCACAGAGAUUCAAAGUUGGAAGGAAGGAAGAAAAUAAUUCAUUAAGCAAUGACUGGGUGCCAAACAGACAACUAGGUAGCACAGUGGAUAGAGUUCUAGACCUGGAAUCAGGAAGACUCAUCUUUCUGAGUUCAAAUUCAGCUUCAGACACUUUAUAAUGUGAUCUGAGGCAAGUCACUUCACCCUUUUUGCCUCAGUUCCUGAUCAGUAAAAUGAGCUGGGGAAAGAAAUGGCAAAUCAUUCCAGUGUCUUUGCCUAGGAAAUCCCAAAUAGGGUCACAAAGAGUCCAAAGUAACUGAAAUGACUGAAUAACAGUGGCAAGAUGUUCCAGGCACUGUACUGUUUUACAAAUAUUACCUGGUUCUUACAACAACCUUAGGAGGUAAAUACAAAUAUGAUUACAUUUUCCAACUGAGGAAACUGAGGCAGAUAGACUAAAUUACUUGCCUAGAGCUGCACAGCCAGUAAGUGUCUGAGGUUGGAUUGAACUCAAGUCUUCCUAGCAACAGGUCUAACUUUAUCUACUGUGCCACCUAACUGCCUGUGAAGAAGAGACUUCAACAUGCCUGUUCUUCCUUUCUCUAAAAAUAUGAAGGUUUUUUAAUUGAUUCCUAUUUUUUAAAAAAAGUUAAAAUUGACUCAUCAUUUACUUGGUAGUCUCCAAAGUAUUACAACAGUAAUAGAUUGCAAUGUGAGACAUGUGUCUAUUCUACACAGUGUUCAGAGUGAACCUGAACCUUGAAACCCAGAAGUGGCUACUCUGAAUGAUAUAACCACUUUUCUCACCAUAACAGUACUUACAUAGGAACUGACCAAUUAAGUCAUCUUGGCCCAGAGCAGGAGUUCCAAAGCUUAGCUAUGUUGAGGUACUAGAUACAUUGCUUUCUGAGGGGUCUCCCCAGAGAUACUUUCAAUCAAUUCACAUUAGAGGACUCCUAAAGUGUUGUAACAUUCCUUUUGAAGAACCUAUUGAGACCUAGCUAAGUGUUGAGUUCUUCUAUGAUUGGCCUGUAAAUAGCUGGUGCCUCCUGUCCUCCUUCAGAAGCUGUUUAUUUGUCUUUGUUAGGGUUCUGGAUGUGAUCCCGUGGCUAAGUUUCUAUGGCUUAGAGAUCCUAAAGUAGUUGGAGGUCAUUGGUCUAUGUCAAAGGCUACAACUUUUCUCACUAUCGUAUAGUGGGGUAGUUUGGACAUUUUUAGUUGCUGGCCACUGUUCAAAUUGGCAUUCCCCCCUUUGGCAGAUUGCUUUGCUACUUUGCUAUUCUGCCAGCCACUAAGUUUGUCAUAAUAUUUUGUCUGAUUUUAUUGUUGUCUCUAGGUCCUUUAGGUACCAAGGACUUCCUCCUAGACUGUAUCAGGAUAGGCAAGCCAGUCUUGGCAAGCAUAGUUGACAAUUUCUCCUUCCCUGUUAAGGGAGGAGCCAGAGAUUUCCCUGCAAGAAUAGCUAAUAAAUCACCACCUAAUAAUUUUCACUCAACAUCCCUACUCCCCUUCAAAAAGCUUGCUAACCUGCUAUAAGUUGCUUGCUAGCUGGAACACCCUGAGGGCUUCUGAAACAGGGCUUGAACUGUCCCUCUUGACUGUUCAGACUUGGUAUCUCCUGAAAUAGGAGUUUCUCUGGGAAGGAGUAGCCAAACAUCUUGCCAAGGUGUUUCUCCACCAAUGAAGAUUUUUUUUUACCUCAUGUGGUCAGAAAAGAGGUUCAAUUGAAUAAAACAUGUCAUUAUCCUAAUAUUACUGAAAAAAGUGGAGAAUGUGGGCUUUCCCCACAGAAUUAUGAAAGGUGCUAUAUCACUUUUUGUAAUUUAUACAGAAAUUCCUAAAAUUUACAAUCUUUUAUACAGAAUAUUUUCAAAAUAAUAAAACAUAUUUCUCCAUAUUUUAUGGUUUCUGUUAUUAAAAUUUAAAGAACAAUGAGCAUUUCCCCAUUUUAAAAAUGAUUCCCUUUAACAGUGAAUAUUUAGAUAGAGUAAAUGAUAUAUUUAUCAUUCUUUGCCUAUGUAUGCCAGAGUAUAUAAUUAUUGUCUUUCAGAGAAAGGAAUUUUAUGGGCACGUGAGCUAUAAUUUUUAAGGUGUUCCUAAUUUUAUUCAAUAGAUAUAGUCAUAAAAAGUUUUGUAUAAAUUUAGAUUUCAUAUCGAAUAAUGUAUCAAAUGUACCAGGGUCUAAUAAUUUCAGAGUCACAUGAUUUAUUCUUUUUUAAAAAUGAAUAAUUAUUUAAUGUGAAUAAUCAUCCCUUAAUUUUCCUUUUUUAAAAAAAUAGAUACUGUAAUGUGCUUUUUUUUUUCCUUGGUCACAGUCAAUACUAAGUAUCAGUUUAAAGGCAGAAGAGUGGUAAGGGUUAGGCAAUUGGGGUUAAGUGGCUUGCCCAGGAUUACAUAGAUAGGAAGUGUCUCAGGCCAAAUUUGAACACAAGAUCUCCUGUCUCUAAGCCUACUUCUCUACCCACUGAGCCACCCAGUUGCACCAGUAAUUGCUUUUAAAGGUUUUUUUUUUAGACUUAAUAUUUUAUUUUCUCAGUUACAUGUAAUAACAAUUUUAACACUAUAUUGAUGAGAAUAGCUAAGUAUUUUGCAAUUGAUAAUCAAACAAUCUUGCUAUUACUGUUGACAGUGUUUUCCUGAUUCUGCUUAUUUCACUUUGAAUCAAGCCUUUCCAGACUUCUCUGAAACCAUACUGCUCAUUUUUCUUAAAACAUACCAAUAUUUCAUUACAAUCAUAUACCACAAUUUGUUCAGUAAUUCCCCAAUUGAUGGACAUCCUCUUAAUUUCCAAUUCUUUCCCACUACAAAAAGAGCCACUAUAAAUAUUUUUGUACAAAAAGAUCCUUUUCCCGUUUAAAAAAAUCUCUUUGGAUUUAGACCUAGUAAGUGGUACUACUGGAUCAAAGGGUUUGAAUACACUGUUUUAUAGCCCUUUGGGCAUAGUUCCAAAUUGUCUACUGGAAUGGUUGAAGCAGCAAUAUGUUAGUGUCCAAACUUUGCCACAUUCCCUCCAACUUUUAUCACUUUUCUUUACUGUUAUAUUUGCCAAUCUGAUAAUUUUUAAAUUUGCAUUCCUCUAAUCAAUUGUGAUUCAGAACAUUUUAAUAUGAUUAUUAAUAGCUUUGAUUUCUUAAUUUGAAAACUGCUUUUUCAUAUCCUUUGACCAUUUGCCAACUGGAGAAUGACUGUAUUCCUAUAAAUUUGACUCAGAUUUCUAUGUAUUUGAGGAAUGAGGCCUUUAUCAGAUAAGUUUGCUGUGAAAUAUCUUCCCCAGUUGUUUCCCUUCUAAUCCUGGUUAUAUUGGUUUUGUUCAUACAAAACCUUUAAAAUUUAACAUGAUCAAAAUUAUUCAUUUUAAAUUUCACAUUUCUUUCAUGUUUGGUCAUAAUUUCUUCCAUUAUCUAUAGACAUGCCUGGUAAACUAUUCCAUCCUUCCCUAAUUUCAUUAUGGUAUCACCAAAUAGCUAAUAAAUCAUAUGCCCAUUUUGACCCUAUCUUGGUAUAGGGUAUGUGAUAUUAGUGUAUACCUAGCUUCUGAGACACUUGUCUAGUUUUUCCAGUAGUUUUGAUCAAACAAAAAAUAAAUAAGGUUCUAAUCCCCAAAUCUGUGAUUUGGGGGUUUAUCAAAUGAGAUUGCUAUGGCCAUUUAUAUAUGUACAUAUGUUGUGCCACACACACACACACACAUAUAUAUAUGUAUAUAUAUAUAUAAUGUGCUUAAUCUAUUUCGUUGACCCACCAUUCUAUUUCUUAGCAGUACCAGAUUGUUUUUAUGAUUACAUCUUUAUAGUUUGAGACCACAUUUCUUUCCAUUUUAAAAGUUAAUCCCAUUAAUAUCAUUAAUCAUUAAUAUUAAUAUUCUUGAACUCUUGUUCUUCCACAUCAACUUUCUUAAUUUUUUAAAGAGGGGCCACAUCUAUAUAGUAAGAGGUGUUGGAGCUUGUUAUGGAAAAAAUUAGUUAUAAAAUUAUAUUAAAAAAUUAGUUAUCUUUUUAUAGGAAAAAUUUGAAAAGGUGAUGUAUAUUCUGUGACACAAUUCGAUAUAUUUCUAUUUAAACAAGUUUAUAAGGAGAUAGAUGGAGAUGGAUUAGUAUCUUUGAGUUGGAAGGGACCUCAGCCAUUUGUGAUUGACUAAGAAUCCUCCAUUUCAACAUACCUGGUGACUGUUAGUCCUCCAGCCUUUUUUGAAAAACUCCUAACCAUGAUCAUUGCCUCCUAAUUGAAAGCUCUAAUAACAAGGCUAGGAGGUUUUCCUUAUGUCAAGGUGAAAUAUGCCUCUGGGUACCUGGCAACCCACUGGACCAGCUAAACCAACCCUACUAUUGUAUGAAGACAGUCACCAUCUCUCUCUUCCCUUCCUUCUCCCUACCCUACCCCCCAAAUUCCCUAGCCUUCUCUUCUCCAGAAUUCCUAUUAAAGAGUUUAGAGCCAGCUCUACAUGGAGGUACUGCUAGCUGCAUUUUGAGUUUCUCCAUGACCUGAACUGGGAAUAGUACUAUAGAUGUGAUUUGACUCAGAGAGUGAACAAGACUAGUUCUCUGCCUCUCCAUGUAGAUAGGAGAAGGGAAUAAGAGACAGAUUUUUGUUCUGUCAGAUAUUGUAUAUUCUCGUCACCUGCCCAGAGUAGGGAUUGUUAAACUAGUAUAUAGAAUGUCUGGAAGAUAGUAAGCAAAAUAAAAAAAAAAUCCCUGAGGUUUAAUGACAGUUCUAGAAUUGCUAUGACAUCCAUUGUUUUCAAGGUAUAUUAUUACUAUGAUUUUCUCUUUUUUAAAAUUACUUGCUGUUUAAUUUUGGUUUAUGAGUCUAAUGGUGAGAGGAUGAAUUGGUUGAGCUCCCUCAAGGUCUUUUUUCUUUUAUUAUUUGGCAAUCUCAUCUGCAUAGCAAUGGAUAAAUUCAGUGACUCAUUCCUUCAGGAAGAUUUUGUUUUGUGGCAUUGAGACUUAGUGGUAGUAAGUCUUUAUCCUUAUGCAACAGCAAAAUACAAGGGAAGGGAGAAAAGGGAGGGAAGGGAGAAAAGACAUCAAGGUGAUAAACUGACUUGAUUUAUUUUUAGGAUUUUUAGCAUCAUCACCAAGUUUCCUCAUCAGUGAAAUCAUAGGUCCAGACUAUAUCUCAGUUCCUAUCACUUCAAAAAUUCUUAAAUAAUUAAUAAAUCAAUGAUGUUUCUGUACCCUUUGAUCCAGUAAUACCAUUACUAAGUCUAUAAUCCAAAUAGAUUUUUUUAAAAGGGAAAAGGACCCUUCGAAACAUAGGUUUGUUUUUGUUUUUGUUUUAUGGCAGUGUUAAUAUUGGAAUUUCAAAUUUAGUGAAUUUAAUAAAUACAUCCUUCUCUAGGAAAUAUAAAAUAAAACCAGGUAAGGUAGAAACCCAAUAACAUUUGUAAACUCUGCUGAAUCUGGAGUUUGGAAGAAUACCUAUGAGAUAUGUUUCUCAAAGUUGAUAACCUCUAAUGGAGAGAGCCUUCCUGUGGAAUUUUUUAAUGAAUAAUAUCAUUAGUGUAGUAUUUGACUGAAUUCUUAUAUUUUUGCUCAUGUGCCCUAGAGGCCUUUGGUUAAUGGGUACAUUUAAAAUAAAUCCAAUAAAUGAAUGUGCCAACUGAAUGUGAAUAAUCUUCAGCAAUGCAAAUGUGAGAUGAAAAUUAAUGGGGUUAUGCUCUGCAGGUUCUGACACUACAUUCAUAAUGUCACCCAUUUACUAAAUAGAAUAAGAAAAAGCUUCCAAGGGGAGUUGUGCAAUACUGUGACCAAGAACUGAACGCAAGCAGUACUAUAUGCCAACUGAUGACAAUUACUGAUAUUUUUGUUAAUAUAUGGGCCCCAAAUUAUUACGUAUUGCAUGACAGUCAUUUAAUGAGUGGUGAGUGAAUAAUGAAUUAGCGACACUUUCUGGUUUUGCACUUUAUUCAUUGGUAGUCCCAACUAUCUCAAUGGGAAGUGCCACAUAUAUAGAGGUCUUCUUGAGUUUUGAAAGCUAGGUGGUUCAGUAGAUAGAGAGCCAGGACUGGUGAUAGGAAGUCCUGGGCUCAAAUUUGGUCUCAGACACUGCCCAGCUGUGUGACACUGGACAAGUCACUCAAUCCCAAUUGCUUAUCCCUUACUGACCUUGGAAAUGAUACUUAGUGUUGAUUCUACGACAGAAGAUAAGGGUUUAAAAAAAAAAAGAAAAGCUUUCCUACAACAACAUUAAGAAAGGAUUUUUUUCCCCUAGAUUGUAUAUGGGUAUUAUUGCCUAGUUUAUUGAAUAUAGGAUUUUUAUAACUGAUCAGAAAUCUUUAUAUUCUCUCACCCUAAUAAUACUUUAUAAUUCAGAUUCUUUUAAUUUUUAUUUUAUGUGGUGAUUUUUAAAAAUUUCUUAUCAUUUUACAUUUAUUUAACUUUUUCAAGGCGAUUGAGAAGCAGCAUAACAUAGAGAACAGAGAGUCAGGCUUGAAGCCAGAAAAACUUGGUUCACAUCCUGCCUAUCAUACCUCUGGCUGAGUGAUUCUGGGCAAGUCAACUUCUCAGGGCUCAUGCAACUGUUUAAAACUAUUAAUUGCAGAGAAAGUACUGAUCGGUAUUGUUAAAGGGGAUUUCCCUCUCCUAGAAGUUCUUCUACUGCUGAAAUUAGAGGACCAGCCAUCCCUAUCCCAACUUUUCCAAAGAAUUGAAUUGAAUUAGUAGAUAAAAGUAACUAGUUGUGUCUCCCUUGAUGAUUAUUCUGAUAAUCCUGUUAGUAAAAACAAGUGGGCUCACUGUCAAAUAUUUAAAAGAAUACAGUGCCUUUAGUCUGCAGGUUGUAUUUAAAUAUAAUUUCUGUCAUUUAUUUUCAUUUUAAGGGAAAGAACUUUCAAAAACGAGUAGGAUUUAUUGUCCUUGGAGUUUUCUGCAGAAUUGGAAUUUGUAAUUUACAACAUUUACAUUGUUUACUUGCUUAAAAAACAUGAAGAAGAGCAGAAGUUGAAAUCAGGAAAAUCAUCUUAGCAGUCUCUAUUUAGCAAUUAGUAUCCUAAACUGGAAGUUUAAUGAACAAAUAUGUCAAAUAUCCUAAGAGAUUGGGUAGUUAUUAAGCUUUCAUUGUGCCAACUUAGUUUUAUAUUGACCAUCUCUGAAGAAGAAUUUAGAAUAUUUCUGACCCCCCCAAAUUUCAAAAGGUGUUUAGUUAUCUAAAAAUACAAAAAUGUAGAUUUAAAAAAAAAUGUAAAUGGAUGUCAAGUUAUGUAAAGGUAUAUUGGUGGUUCAGUGAAGUCACUGCUCUCUUGCAUGUCCUAAAAGUUGUACAUUUGAUUUUCGAUCAGAAAAUAUAAACAUUGAGAAAUUCAUAUUUGGCCUAGUCUCAAUUUGCUUUAAAUAUGAAUUUAAUUUUGGAAAAUAAACUCACCACCUUCUUUUUUAAAUUUAUGUGAGCAAUAUGUUUAGUGCAUAUUUUUACUGUUUUUAGAAACCAAGUUGAAGUAGCCUUAUAUCAAGGGGAGCCUUACAAUAGAGCGCCUUAUUGCAAUUUUAGGAUAUUUAAUUUUCUAACAUUAUUUUCUAAAUUACAAAAUCUAGACUAUUUCAGAUAUAGAUAUUUUAAGAAGAGUUCUAUAAAUAUUCAUUUAUGCAUAAAACAUGUUAACAUCUAGUUAACAUCACUAUUCUGAUGAAUAUUUUUAAAAAAUUAUACCUUAGUUUGAUUUUCAGUUUUAUACAGAUUCUUGAUAGCUGUUUCUCAAUGGUUUAAGCUUUUGUGCACAUACAACACAGAUAUUUGCCUUAAAUGAGAAAAUGUUUGCCCUAUAAACAUGCCAGUCAUGCUGUGUGCCUAAUUGAAGGUAAAAGAGAUGAAAUAUGUAGAGAUGAGAAAAAAAGAAUAAAAUUUUGUUCCUUGUUAAUGUUCUGAAUAUUCAAUUUUUAAUAUUUUAAGGUUUUCUGGAGAAGGGUGUAUGUUUUUCUUUAGUUUGGAGGAUUGCUAAUAAGAAUUGUAGGGGGCAUCUGAGUGGCUCAGUGGAUUGAGAACCAGACCCAGAGAUGGGAGGUCCUGGGUUCAAAUUUGGCCUCAGACACUCCCUACCCAGGAUUGAUUCCAAGAUGGAAAGUAAGGGUUUAAAAAAAAUAAUUGUAUUCAAAUAAACAUGCAGGUUAUAGCAAUUAUUUCCACUGGUCACAUAAUCAAUGAGAGUAGAAUAUCUUCAAUUCUUAAAAAUGCAUGUAAGUUUGAUUUCCCCCCCAUGUACAUAAAAACUCUCCUAAUUAUCUUAAUGGUCACAAUGUACAUUACACCUACAUGUAGAUCAUUUUUCAAGGACCAAAUAUAAUGAGAAAAUAGAAAAGAAAAAACUCAAGUUGUAAUGAUUGCAGUAUAACCUAGACUUCAAGAGUGAUAUUUUAUUGGUAUAUAAAUAUGUUAGACUAUUAAAGUGGGCUCUGGUUUUAUCUUCUAACAAAAAUUCUUAAGACCAGUUCAUUUUAUUAAGAUUUUGCCAUCAGUUAAGCGCACGAUCAUUAAAGUACAUGAUGGUGCUGGAGAUUUCCAUUCUCUUCAUCCCACAUUGUGACAUCUGUGCAUAUGUUAGGGCUUCAUAAGUACAUAAAUGUGCAUUCUGUAUUUAAUCAGUUCUAAAAAAAAAUGGUGGUGGUUACAGCUUUUCAACAUUUUUAGUUCUUUACUAAAUAGUUUCUAGUUUUUUAUAGAAUGUUGAUUUUAUAUAUUGUUUGCAUACUUGUAAAAUAUUCUGUAUAGCUUUGAGAAUUGAA